AUGAAGGAGUAUGUGCUUCUAGUGUUCUUGACUUUGUGCUCUGCCAAACCAUUAUUUCACCCUUCGUACAUGACACUGAAGAAUUUGAUGCUGAAGGACAUGGAAGACGAAGGUGAUAGUGAUGCUGACAACUCUCUCUUUCCAACAAGAGAGCCAAUUAACCCCUUCUUCCCAUUUGAUCUGUUUUCAACAUGUCCAUUUGGAUGCCAAUGCUAUUCGAGAGUUGUACACUGUUCCGAUCUAGGUCUGUCCUCCGUCCCAAGCAACAUUCCAUUUGAUACUCGAAUGGUUGACCUUCAAAACAAUAAAAUUAAGGAAAUCAAAGAAAAUGACUUUAAAGGACUCACCUCACUUUAUGCUUUGAUUCUGAACAACAAUAAGCUAACAAAGAUUCACCCAAAAGCCUUUCUAACCACAAAGAAGUUGCGAAGGCUAUAUCUGUCCCACAAUCAACUAAGUGAAAUACCGCUUAAUCUUCCCAAAUCAUUAGCAGAACUCAGAAUUCAUGACAAUAAAGUUAAGAAAAUACAAAAGGAAACAUUCAAAGGAAUGAAUGCUUUACAUGUUCUAGAAAUGAGUGCAAACCCUCUGGAUAACAAUGGGAUUGAACCAGGGGCAUUUGAAGGGGUAACAGUGUUCCAUAUCAGAAUUGCAGAAGCAAAACUGACCUCAAUUCCGAAAGAACUACCUUCAACUUUACUGGAGCUACAUUUAGAUUAUAAUAAAAUUUCAGUUGUGGAACUUGAGGAUUUUAAACGAUACAAAGAUCUGCAAAGGCUGGGUCUAGGAAACAACAGGAUCACAGAUAUUGAAAAUGGAAGUCUUGCUAACAUACCACGUGUGAGAGAAAUACACCUAGAAAACAACAAACUAAAAAAAGUGCCUUCAGGAUUACAAGAGUUGAAAUACCUCCAGAUAAUCUUUCUUCAUUCUAAUUCAAUUACAAAAGUGGGAGUGAAUGAUUUCUGCCCAACAGUGCCAAAGAUGAAGAAAUCUUUAUACAGUGCAAUAAGUUUAUCCAACAACCCGGUAAAGUAUUGGGAGGUACAACCUGCAACAUUUCGUUGUGUUUUGAGCAGAAUGAGUGUUCAGCUUGGGAACUUCAGGAAGUGA